AUGAAUCUCUCCACCUAUCAGGACCUUCACGUUGCUUUCGAAAAGCACUCGGUGGUUUUUGGGAUCCAAAAAGGCACUAUGCUGUUUUAUGGUGUCAUGACCAACAUCGUAUUGGUCUUCACAAUCUACGUUAUGAAGACAAGUCGUCUCGAAUUAGCCACUAUUCAUCGAAUAUUGAUGUACUGCAACAUCCUCUUUCCUGCAAUAUUUUGCAACACUACGUGUUUCAUUUUCGUACCGUAUAUCGUGGUCCCAUACUCGGUCAUCGCAACAUUGGGACCCAUGAGUUUUGGUCCCUCAAUGACGAUGUUACAUAUGGUCAUAUUCUGCUGGUUCGGAACACUUAGUUCUGUCAGCAUAUUCUAUUCAGUCACACUAAACUACAUCUCAGUAUUUCAUCAUUCUUUUCUGAGCAGCUCAAUUUUUAGCGGUGUCAAAGUAGCAUCCAUUUUCAUUCCAAUUUUGAUGCUAGUUGUUCCAAGUGUAAUUCUACCGUACUCACUGUUGAGCGAGCCUUCACCCACUACAACUGUAGCGGAGCUGUAUCCUUCAUCGGGUGCAUAUUUAGUACGUUAUUCUGCUGUGAUUGUUCAUUAUACGUGGCAUGGAGUCGAAUUAGGCGUACUUGGCUGGGCAAUGGCUUACACAACCAUAUUUGUCGCAUGCGGAAUGAUGAUAACAAAGUGGGUUCUCGUCACCAUUAUAAUUAAACUCUCAGAACGAUGA